UCAAAUGAUGCCACGUUGUAUUCUAACUACAUAUAUGCGCCUUCGAAAGGAAGUGCUUCCUUUCCAACUCAACUAAUCGAAGCUACAGCCGUUAUUCAAAGCCUUCUACCUUGCAACUCGGGUAUGUUCUACCUCAACCUCACGCAUCUGUAUACCCUCGAACAACCUCCCGUUACAACACCCACUUCGCGAUCUAUGCCGAGUAUGUUCAACAGCCGCAUGCCUAGUACGCCUGUUAUUUCGAACACACCUUCUGCGGCAAGAUGGAAAAGGUUGUCGAUAACCGGCAUGCUCAAGAAGAAAGAGAUGGAAAGGAAACAAUAUUGAACUACCUUGCGCUUCAGAAGCUGUUGAAGUGUAGCCUCGGGUCUGGAUGUAAGCAUUACAUCCAGAGGCAGCCUUACCAGUGGUGUUUUGUUGACGACGGUACAACUACACACCGUAACGUGUCGGCUGAAGACAUUCACAAGUGGGUAGACGAGAUCGGCCUCAACAGACGGAAUAAGUGGAAUGCCGCCGAUCUCAAGCUUCAAGAAGCCCGGGAGGCUGUAGCCGGGCCCGGCAGCCACCCUGAAUGGAAUCCAAGCCUUUCUGGAAGACGGGAGUUAAAUCGGCUUCUUGCCUCGGUAAAAGGAUCACCAGAAGCCAAAUACCGCCUGCAAUGGCUGGUGGUUUUUCGUUGCCCACGGGCAUGCAAUACGCCGAUGUGCGUUGGUCGCGGUUCAAGUACUGAACCAUGGUAAAAGACACGCGGGCAAUGUGCGCCGGACCGAGGGCUUUCGAUUGAGCUACUUUUUGGCCUUAUACAGGGCGUUUUGACGAAGAAAAGCCGCUUGAAUGUAGGAAUUGUUCAAUCG